UAGUUUGUAUAGUCACUUAUAGAACGCCGUGUCGUGCAUUCUCUUCUUUUAAAAUUAAGCGCGUCAAUUAUUUUAGCCAACCAUUGAGAUAAAACAUUUACACGAUACAUUUGUGUAGAGCGGAAAUAAUAUAAAUAAAAGAAUCGGAACUUCAAUUUAAUAAAGUUUAAUUUCAAAGUAAACAAAAUUAGAAUAUAGUUAAAAUGAAAGCGCUGAAAUGUGUUACUUUCUUAGUGUUUGGCAUAUUGAUAAAUAUUGCAAAAGCCAGAAAUGUUCAAAAUGUUGAAAAUACGGACUACAAGAGGGUGUGUUACUAUACCAAUUGGUCCCAGUAUCGCCCUGGGGUCGGGCGAUACACUCCCGACAACAUCGACCCACGCCUCUGCACACAUCUUAUGUACGCAUUCGCCAAAGUGGUGAACAACGAACUCCUGACUGUAGAGUGGAAUGACGACCAAAUGUUUGAAAAAUUCAACGCUUUGAAGAAAAUAAAUCCUGGUCUUAAGACGCUCAUUGCGGUGGGUGGAUGGAAUGCCGGAAGUGCAGAGUUCACAAGAAUGGUCUCAUCUGCGUCAAACAGACGCAUGUUCAUUCAGUCGACCUUGACCUUCCUCCGUCGCUAUGGAUUCAAUGGCCUUGACCUUGACUGGGAGUACCCGGGCUCCAGAGGCGGACAGGCUUCGGACAAAGAGAACUACCUGCGCUUGGCUCAGGAAAUGAAGUCAGCAUUCGCUGCCGACGGCUACCUAUUGACGGCUGCGGUGCCGGCGGGUAAGUCGUACAUCGACGCCGGAUUCGACAUAACGGCCCUCGCAAGCCACCUUGACUUCAUCAACUUGAUGGCGUAUGACCUGCAUGGGUCAUUUGAGAGAGUGACAGGCGCGAACUCGCCUCUGUACGCGAGAUCGGGCGAGACCGGCGAGCAGACGUAUUUGAACAUGCAAUGGGCCGCCCAAUAUUGGACUUCUCUAGGGAUGCCGAAACACAAGAUCGUCAUUGGCAUGGCGACGUACGGCCGAUCAUUCAAACUAUCGGACCGCCGACAGACGGGAGUCGGGGCACCCGCCUCUGGUGACGCGCAGACGGGACCGUUCACCAGGGAGGCGGGCUUCCUGUCGUAUUAUGAGAUAUGUACGAUGCAAGAGAGUGGAGCCGGGUCAAGCCACUGGGAACCUGAACAACACGUGCCAUAUUACGUCAACGGUGAUCUGUGGGUGGGGUUCGAUAAUCAAAGGAGCAUUGCCGAUAAGGUCCAAUGGUUGAUGCGGGAAGGUUAUGCCGGCGCCAUGAUAUGGGCUCUCGACCUUGAUGAUUUCAACGGCGUGUGCCAGUCCUCCGCAUCCAAGUAUCCGCUCCUAAACACCAUCUUCACACUCCUCACAUCCGGGCAACUGCCGACCACAAGUGCGCGCCACCAGACGACAUCCCCUUCACCCAAAACAACAAUAAGAACAACAGAAGCAACAACGCAGCAGACGACAACAGCACAUUCGGGCCAAGACUUCUCAUGCGCUGGAAAGGCGGACGGAUUCUACGCAGACCCCAAGAACUGCCACAAGUUCUUCCGUUGCGUGUCCCAACAGCCCUUCCGGUUCUCCUGCCCAGGGACUCUGGUCUAUAACCCUGCUAUCCAGAGUUGCGACUGGCCUCAUAACUACCCGUGUAGAAACUGAACCACGUUUCAUGCUUAAUGAUGACUUAACCAAAGCGACGAAUUGUAUUAACAUUAUGAUAUACAUAUUGUUUAGACUUUAGCGAAAGUUUUGUUCCAGUGCUUUUGCUGGCUGCUGUUAAUUGUUUGUAUGAGAAAGGCAAUUGUCGAGAUAAUUUAUAUCACUGCAUGACUGUACUAUUGAUCAGUUUCGAGUAAUGAAUGAAGGGUCUAGUUAGGAAAAUGUCGGUAUAUAACACAUGAUUUUAUUUUAAAUCCUCGGAGAUAAGACCUUAGAAAAUUGGAAAGGCGGAAAAAUGUAUAUUUUUACCACAAGCAAAUUAUAAGCUAGAAAUCUUU